UUGCCCAGGCAGCCGAGUCCUGCUCAGCCGGCAUCGCUCGCUCCCUCCUUCGCCGCCUUUCUCUCCUCCCACCCGGCGCUGGGACCCGGCCAGACCGGGAAUGCGCAGGCUCCGGCCCGGCCAGCCCCACGGCUCAGUCACAUCCCCAUCAUGGCGCUCAGACGGCGGGUGCUGCUCUCGCUGCUGCUGCUGCUGCUUCUCCCGCUGCUCAGUUAUAGAAUCCUGGCUGUAGAACUGACUUCUACCAACAUGCAUCCUGUGGUGCAGGAAUUUCAGCGCGCUGAGCUCUCCUGCCUUAUUGCCACCACCAACACAGCCCACCCCAGGAUCGAGUGGAAGAAGAUCGGAAAGGAAACCAGCUAUGUGUUUUACGGCGGCAAGAUGCAAGGGACUUGGGUAAACCGUGCCCAACUCCACAGCAGGACGUCACUGAUCAUCUUCAACGUGACCCGCGAGGACAAGGGCAUCUAUCGGUGUGAAGUGGUGGCCCCCGAAGACCAAAACAUCGGAGCGGAGAUCAACAUCAACCUGACUGUUCACGUGAAGCCUGUGGCGCCCAGGUGCCGAGUGCCCCAGUCCGUGCCGGUGGGCAAAUCAGCCACCCUCUACUGCCAGGAGAAGGAGGGCUUCCCAGAGCCAACGUACACCUGGUACCGCAACAGUGAACCUUUGCCGAUGGACUCCAAAUCCAGCCCCAAGUUCCAGAAUUCCUCCUUCACCAUCAACACAAAAACAGGCACGCUGGCCUUCAGUGAGGUGCAGAAGGGAGAUACGGGCCGUUACCACUGCAUCGCGUCGAACAACGUUGGCUCUGCCCAGUGUGAGGAGCAGGAGAUGGAAGUCUACGACCUUAACAUUGCCGGGAUCAUUGGUGGCGUCUUGGUGGUGCUGCUCGUCCUGUUGCUGAUCACGGUGGGCAUCUGCUGUGCCUACCGGAAGGGCGUCUUUGUAAUCAACAAACAAAAUGGAAACAGCUACAAGACUCCAGCGAAACCAGAUGGUGUGAACUACAUCCGCACAGAUGAAGAGGGUGACUUCAGGCACAAGUCUUCCUUUGUGAUAUGAAAUGCCGAGAAAUUGGAUUUUGCCCACCAGCAAGAAUGGAGUGUGGAAAAACCCUCCCCCCCUGGGAUUUUUUUUAAGACGAGCAGAUAAUGAACGACGUGUACGUGGAAGUGUUUCGAGAAAAGGGGUGGGUGGGGGGGAGCCAUGCACACUUGUGGGUGUGCAAACCUGAUUUUUACUUUUUUUGCCAAAGUCAAGAGAAGGUUAAGAAACAAACAAAAACCAAACCAAUCUCUUCCUCCUUAGAAGGUUCCGCCCAAAUCACUGGGAUCUCUCCUGGCGGCAAGGAGACGCUUCUGAGCCUUCAGUAGGAGCAAGUGAUGCCAUCAAAGUGUCUGUACCCCGCCCUCGAUCCACAAUCUGCCAUAUAGCUGGCGGUUGUGAAAGCUGCCUCCUGCCAGGAAUGGACAAACUGUCUGGCUGCCUAAGCUGACGAGGAGGAACAAUCUUAGAAAUUGGUUUGCGCAUCUUGGUUUGCUAUGUAUCUCGUUUGUGUACAGUGUUCCGAUGGCAGCAGAAUGACAUUCUCGCCCCACAAGGAGGUGAAAGCGCGUUUUGCCGGCUUGAGUGCCGGGCAGCCCGGCCCUGUGGGCCAGUGGAGAUCGCCCCUGCUGGGCCAGAGAAGCUUUCCUAGUUGGGAUCCUGUGCUCUUCCCGCAGAAGCAGCACCAAAAGCACAACACCACAAGGUCUGGCUUAAAGAAGAGAGGCGGGCUAUGACGACGACUGCCACUCCCAGAGUCCCUGGUCUCCAUAACGCCUCUGACGUCGCUUGCCAACAAUGCCACCCCAUGAGCCAUGCAUGAAAAGCACCAAUCAACAUACAGCAAUGGAAGGAACACAAUGAUGUUGGUAUAAGACCCCAGCCCUCCCCUCCAACACACACACACACACUGCACAAGAUGGCUGCCAUUAACAAAUCACAGCAUAUUGCAUUUAUACCAACCCAAACAACGUCGAGCGUUUCUUCCUUGCUUUCCACGCCAUUGCGACUUCACAUGGGCCUAGGUCUCUCUAAACGAGUGAACUUGGUUCUGCAGGUGAGUGGGGGCUCAAGUGGCUGAAUGUUGCUCCAUACGAAACAACAACAACAACAACAACAAAAAUCCGUCCACCGAGAAAACUAGCUUGUCAGGGAGAAGACACACCUCAAACCAGUCACCCUGGCAUGCUAGCUUUCUGCAUGCAAAGACUGCUGUUGUGUGGAGGACGAGUCAGUCAUGUGAUUCCUUACCUGCAAUCCAAAGCGGUAGAGCCCUGACACAGGGUCACCACCUCUCUUAAAACUAGACUUUGGAUUUAUCACUUGUGCAAGGAUUUAAGAGCAAUCCCUUCGUCAUCCAGUGAGUGCGACUUGAGCAUAGGACUGUGCUGACAAACUGCCUGGGUUGGGGGGGGUGUGUGUUUGUGUGAUAAAGCUGCCAUCUUUUCAUGGGAGGGCGACAUGUAAUGCCAUCUUCCCGUUCUCCAGAGGGCUGAUCUGACACCAUCGGCUCUGCCUUGCCAGGUGCUAAUGCCAUGGGAUGGUGACAGGUGGGCUGUGCCCUCCUGCCCCACUCCCUGGCUUGGGGGAUCCCCAUGUUGAACAAACUCCGUUGUUCAAAGCAACUGAGGAAGCUGCCACAGGAGGAGGGGAGAGAGAUACACCCACCUUGUUCGGAAUCUCCUCUCCAUGGCUCAACAUCUUCAGCCCCAGGGGAUGGAUUCCUUGGUUUCCACCCAAACAGCCCUGGGCACCCCUCGCUUUGAACACAAAUCUGCAUUUGGCAGUCUGGCUCACAGGGUGCUCCUUUUCAGGCCAGUGUUUGCCCACAGAUGCCCAGCCUUGGUCAGCCUGAAAUGUGGACCCUCUUGCGCGUGAAUGACAAAAAUCCCAACAUGGUACUAGGACCGGAGGCAAAGCUUUUCUACUCUCCCUGUUCCUUCUUUUGUAGAAUUCCACAUUCUAAAUUUUUUGCAAAGAUAUAUUUUGAUUACUUCCAAAAACAAAACAAAGGGGUUAAUGUUUCUAUUUAAAAUGUAAAUAGGUUGGUAGGCCAAACAGUGUUAAGUAAUAAUGUAGCUUUUUCUUUUUUUUAAAAAAAGGUGUGUUUUUACUUUGAAAACUACAGGUGAGCAUUUCUGUGCCGAUUCAGACCAUAUCAGUAUUGUUACAAAGAGCACAGAACCUACACAGCUGUACAAGACAAGCAUGAAAACACCUGUCCCUUCCUCCUUUUGGCUCAUCAGAGAAUAGAUGUAGACAGAGGAAGGAAGAAGCACUUAAAUCAGGGUUUGUCAAACUUGGGUCACCCAGAUGAUGUUGGACUACAACUCACAUCACCCCCAGUCACAAUGGCCAAUCAUUGUGGCACUGGAUGGAUGGGAGUUGUAGUCCAACAUCAUCUGGGGACCCAGGUUUGAAAACCCCUAACUUAAAUUUUUCUAUAAGCAGGAAUACUUGUUUCUCUUGCUCUUGGUAUUUCCACUCUUCCUGCAAAAUGAUGGGCUAGGAUCAAAAGAGCUGUUCAGUUAAUUCCAGGUAAGGCUUAUCUGAAGGGGGUGGUGGUUUGGAAGUGCAGAAAAAUGUAUUCCACCCUUGCUUUCAUGAUUGUUGGCCAUUUUUUAUUCAGAAACUUCUGUCCUGUGCUUCAGAGGAAGCUUCUCAGGGUUUUGAAAAGGUUUUGAAAUGGCAGGACAUUUGCCACCAGUAAGGCUGUCUCAAGAGCUUUUGCCCUACUUCGCUUCCCUUCUGAAAAUCACAGGAGAAUCUCGGACUUGGGCGUGCAGUCCCGGUCACUGACUUUCUCCCUGCUUACUGACUUGUGGCGGAUCGCGUGAAGCCGUCCACAGCAUGGUCCAACCAGCAGGACAUUUUAACAAACCUCUUCCCCAUCACUUCCUUGGAACAAAUCUCAGCUCUUUAAAAAUUCCUGUUGGAAACUGAGAAGAAAAGGUGAUGUGGAAGUACUUUAUAAAAACGGAACCAGCUUUUUGUUUGUUUGCUUGAAGCAGCUAUAGGGGCUUUCAUCACCUGUACCUGUAAGCAGCUGAUUCCAGGUGAAGCUUCUGUUCCACACGAGGGAUUUAAAAUGGGCGGCCAGAGUGAUUCUGCUCCAUGACGGGAGGAAAUGGUGUGGUGCUUCUUUCAAACGACCAACAAACAAAAUAAUACAGCAGACUUUUUAAGUGCUGGUGUUUUUUAGCUGCAAAUUUGAUGGUCUUAACUUUGGGUGCAGACAGUAUUAUUUUCUGCAUAUUUGAUUUUGAACUGUGUUCAGUUUAUUCUUGUUCUGUAUUAAUCCAGCCUUGGAAUAUCUGGCACACCGAAGCUCCCCCCGCCCUUCCUUUCUUCAGGGGAUUUGGAGAGGUUGUUGGUGCAUUUAAUGUCUGUACAGGAAUUUGGAGACCUCUCCUUCCAAGUUAAGGUGGCAGCCAUAAGCAAAGGGCACCUCACCAAUGCAUUAACACUGCCGCCAUCUUGUUUUGAUUUAUCCUUGGCUACCUCUAAGAGGCGUUCAACCAAAGUAGACUUCUUAAUCCACUGCCAAAAUGUUUUCUUCCUCUAAAUCUUACCAGUGAUGGAAUACGGCUCUCCCUUCUGCCUUAGUUUGGCCAAUGUCUCUGUUCUAGGAUGACUUGAGGAUGUCUAACGGAGAUUUCCUCAGUAUUAGAACCAUUUAUCCAAAAGGAGGACAGGUACCUCCCAGCCUUGAGGUAUGUCUGUAGAGCCAAUGGAAACCGAAUUAACUGCCGUGGUUUGCAACCUGGAUCCAAGAGAUGGCUCAGCCUCUCCUCAAGGAUUUGUUACGCCAUCACAGUUUCGUUAGCAGCCAGCCAAGAAUUGGACAUGUCUUUGAAUGCUCUCACUCAUGUAAGGCUGAGUAGCGGUUUCUCUUGUGGGGCCCACAUGAUUCAUGGGUCUGGUGCACAAAUGCAGAGCAAGACUGAGGGCUUCUGGGCUGAAAAAUGCAGCCCCCGGCAUGCUCUCCCCCGCUACUUCGGAUAUCAUGUAGCAUCUCAAGAAGAGAAGAGCACUUAACAUUCCUUCCUCAAGUAAAGAGCUUUCUUUAGUUGGAAGCUCUUUACUUGGGGAAUGGGGGGGGGACAGCAAAAAACCACCCCACCCUUCAAUUCUCUAGUUGCCACCAAAAGUGGAACAGUCCAUCCAGUCAUCUGAGAACUCUGACAGUCUCGGGCCUGGCUCACGCCUGCAGGAAAAUGGGAUGGAAAAGCCCAAGGUUGUAGAAUGGACUGCAUCAUUUUAGAGGUUCCUCUAGAUGUUGCCGAACUACAACUCCCAGCAUCCCCAGCCUCAACACAUAGCUGGGGAUGCUGGGAGUUGUAGUUCUGCAACAUCUGGAGGAACCCAGGUCGGGAACCACUGAUGUAGGGCAAUUCUCUUCUGCCUCGUGAACACAGCAAGGAAGCACUGAUCAGGAGCUGGUCCCAUGAAUUCUGCCACUGGCAUUUCUUGGAAGGCAGCCAUGACAGUUAAUCCAGGUUGUUUGUUGUAUGGAAGUGUGCUGAAGAUUCCCUUUGGUUGCUCCUCCUUCUUGGAAACACCACCCAGAUAUUAUUUUGGGGUUCAAAGAAUGCACCAACCGCCUCUCCUUAACAGGACAAGGGACACCUCCCCUGAAAUAGCUCCACAGAACUCUUUGUAAAUAUUUGACCUGUUUGUACUAAUGUAUUGCAUUUAACUUUGCCAAGAAUGUUUUACAUAAAUA